AUGGCCAGUGACAUUCGUCUAGUAAAUGGCUCUAAUUCAUGCUCUGGAAGAGUAGAGGUCUAUCACAGUAAUGAGUGGGGCACAGUGUGUGAUGAUGGAUGGGGAAUGGAGGAAGCUGCAGUUGUAUGUAAAUAUUUGGGAUGUGGAGCUGCUGUUUCAGCACCAGGAAGUGCAUACUAUGGAGGAGGAACUGGGCCAAUAAUGCUGGAUGAUGUGAACUGCAUAGGAUCUGAGUCUUCUGUGAAGCAAUGCCCAUUCAGGGGAUGGAAAGUACACAACUGUGGUCAUAGUGGCAUUCGUCUAGUAAAUAGCUCUAAUUCAUGCUCUGGAAGAGUAGAAAUCUAUCACAGUAAUGAGUGGGGCACAGUGUGUGAUGAUGGAUGGGGAAUGGAGGAAGCUGCAGUUGUAUGUAAAUAUUUGGGAUGCGGAGCUGCUGUUUCAGCACCAGGAAGUGCAUAUUAUGGAGGAGGAACUGGGCCAAUAAUGCUGGAUGAUGUGAACUGCAUAGGAUCUGAGUCUUCUGUGAAGCAAUGCCCAUCCAGGGGAUGGAAAGUACACAACUGUGGUCAUAGUGAAGAUGCAGGAGUUCAGUGUACAGGUUAUUUUACCUCUCGGACUACCCAUUCUCCUUCAAGCAGCCCAAAAGUCGCAACCAAAGGUAUUCAUAUUUCUACCCUUUCCACUAAUACGCAGCAUCAUUCUAAAGUUUCAGCAGGACUCAGAAAAGGUCAUUAUGAUGACUUCCUGCUGACACAGGUUACAAUGGAAUUGGCCAAGGACUAUCGCCAGAAGCUUCCUGAUAGUCUGGAUCUACUGAAGGGAAUUCCUGCUUUUGAGGGAAAUGAACUGAAGCUUAGACUGGAGAGAAAAGCAAUGAUUUUGAAGGAGAAUGAUUCAGUGCAAGCAUUGAUCCACAAUGAUGUGAAGCAGUUUAAUGUGAACUUUUUUGACAACUUAGUAGCUAAUUGUGAUGGGUCAAGUGACAUUCGUCUAGUAAAUGGCCCUAAUUCAUGCUCUGGAAGAAUAGAGGUCUAUCACAAUAAUGAGUGGGGCACAGUGUGUGAUGACGACUGGGGAAUGCAGGAAGCUGCAGUUGUAUGUAAAUAUUUGGGAUGUGGAACUCCUGUUUCAGCACCAGGAAGUGCAUACUAUGGAGCAGGAACUGGGCCAAUAAUGCUGGAUGAUGUGAACUGCAGAGGAUCUGAGUCUUCUGUGAAACAAUGCCCAUCCAGGGGAUGGAAGGUACACAACUGUGGUCAUAGUGAAGAUGCAGGAGUCCAGUGUACAGAUUAUCUAACCUCUGAGGGUACCCUGUCUCAUUCAAGCAGCCCAGAAGCCACAACCGAAGAGUAUUUAACCUUUGAGAGUAUCCAUUCAGCUUCAAGAAGACCAGAAGUAACAACCACAGAUUAUUUAACACCUGAGGGUACCCAGUCUCCUUCAAUCAGCCCAGAAGUCACAACCGGAGAUUAUUUAACACCUGAGGAUACCCAGUCUCCUUCAAUCAGCCCAGAAGUCACAACCAGAGCUUAA